AUGGAAUCGGUUUACUCCACCCUAACCUACUGGCUCGUGGACCAUCCCAACAUCUCAAACUUCACGUGGACCGAAGGUGAAACCCUUGGCUCCACCGUCUUCUUCGUCUCCGUCGUGGUCUCCGUUUACCUCUGCGCCACAUUCUUCCUCCGAUCAGCUGUCCAUUCACUCCCUUCACUCUCUCCCCGCAUUCGCAAACCAAUCACGGCCGUCCACAGUUUGAUCCUCUUCCUACUCUCCUUAAUAAUGGCCGUUGGUUGCACUCUCUCCCUAGCCUCGUCUCACGCGCCCUCCGGUGGUCCGACGGCGCGUUUCCUAUACGCCGUCUGUCUCCCAGUCGACGUGGAACCUAAAGGACCGCUUUUCUUUUGGGCUCAAGUCUUCUACCUCUCGAAGAUCCUCGAGUUCGGAGACACCAUCCUCAUCUUGCUCGGCAAAUCAAUCCACCGGCUCUCCUUCCUCCACGUGUACCACCACGCGACGGUUGUGGUCAUGUGCUACCUCUGGCUCCGAACCCGCCAAUCUAUGUUUCCGGUUGGGCUCGUGAUGAACUCGACGGUCCACGUCAUCAUGUAUGGUUACUACUUCCUCUGCGCCGUCGGAUACAGGCCCACGUGGAAGAGGUUGGUGACGGAUUGUCAGAUUGUGCAGUUCAUUUUGAGCUUCGUAAUAGCCGGUUGGUUGGUCCGAGAUCAUUUUUUCGGGUCGGGUUGCUCCGGGAUUUGGGGAUUAUACUUCAACGGUGUGUUUAAUGCUUCUCUCUUAGCUCUCUUCUUCAACUUCUAUUUCAAGAACUAUGUCAAGAAGACAACACUAGAGAGGUGUGCAAAAAAAGCCAUUGAUAUUUAUUAUUCUAAGGAAAUGGUUAAAUUGUCUUGA